AUGGAAGAAGCUCAGCACGUCAAGCUUUCGCUUCAGGUCCUCGCCAACUGUUUUUGCGGAGUCGAUGUGUCGACGGCGAAACGCGCCACCGAACCGGCGAAUUCAAAUGAGAUAACGUCGAAAAAGCACCUGAAGCCACUGCCCAGUUUCCACGAAAUAGAACACAAAAUCGAGAACGUCAUGAAGUCGGCGUGGGAUGCGGCGCAGGAGAAUAACGCCUUAAUGGUACGUUUUGGAGGGUUUUUUGGCGAUUUUAAGGGAUGAUGAAGGAGAGAUUUUUGGUUUUUUAAAUUUUUAUUAGAGCUUUGAAAAUUGAAAUAUAUUAGGUUGUUCAAAUAUUUCUGUGCUCCUCCUCGAAGCAAAUUUUUCGGGUUGGGGCACUGAAUUAUUUGAAAUACCUAAUGUAAAAUUGUUUGAUAACAACUGUUUGCUAUUUUGUAAGAGGUUGAAAUUCACACUACUGUGACUGUAAUUAGGGCGGGGCGCUGGGGUGGGGAGGGGGGUGGACGGUUCCCCUAGAAAAAAAAAUUUCGAAAAAAGUUGAAGGUAGUCCCCCUGUGGAUUUUUCCGACCCCCGCCUCUGACUGUAAUUAUAAAGAACGCAUAAGCUAUAAAGAAUAAAUAAGCUCCUAAUAGUAAAAAAUAUUAAAACUAUCAAAAAAUAAUUUUGCUUUAUUUACUAGACUAGCCAGUUAUUAAAAAUUUAAUAAAAUCACCUAAAAUACAAUAAAAACAGAACAUACAUAGCUAUAAAAUGGGUAAAAAGGCCUAACAACAAUUGUAAAGCUGUAAAAGAUAAAAACUGAUAACUUCUAAAAUAAAACUUAUUGAAAAAAUCAUUAAAUACUACUAAAAACCACAAGAAAACAAUUAAAAAUGAAGCCACCAUUACUAAAACUGUAAUAAUUUUAAACGAAAAUCUCCCAAAAACAUGAAACUCAAGAUAAUGGUAACAUACACCUUCAAAACUCCCCAUCCCAGUUAAUCGCACACUUUAAUUUUCGUUUUUUCUCCAUUAAAUGUUUGGCUAUCUUAAUCUCUACGGUUAUUAUAGCGGCGCGUUUGAUAUCAUGGCAAAGUUGGUUUUUUGGGCCGCUUAUAAAAAGCGUUUACUAAUUAAUGAAAAAAGCCGAGAAACAAGUCAAGCGCUAUGAAAUUAGAGUUGAGGUUAAAAAUGGAAAAAAAAAUUUUUUUGAGUAUGAUGUGAGUUUAAGUUUGGCAUGAUGGUUUGAAUGAAAGUAACAUUUUUGAGUGUUAAUAAAGGCUGAAAGUAGUGUUAUUAUACGUUUUUAUCGUUGUGAGAUUGUCCAAGAAGCAAGAAUCUUGGGCAAUCUCACAAUGAUAAACUCGGAGCUGAUGCCUGUCUUACCCAGAGAUAAAACACUACCCGCCACGAGAAGCGUCCAAACCGAACCACGCCAGUAAGCCAAUAAUGUCUUCAUAAUUUACUUUUUGAUAACUUUCCAGAACAAAAACGAUGUCACUCCUACGCGAAUCGUAAUCUUAUUUACGUUCCGAAUUUAUCUAAUCGCAGGACAAAAUAGAAUUAAUUUUUAUACCAAAUAAUAUUUAAGGGGUAUUAAAUUCUCAACGGAAGCGCUAGUUGCUUAAGGUACGUGCCCUUUGUCUCGAAAGGGCAGGGUGAUACGUGGAAGAUUGGGACAUUAGACUUUGAUGAACAUAAGGAAUGUUGAUUUAUUGAGAAAAUAACAGGGCACGGUAGGUGGUUUAAGGUAAAGAUUGCGAAAAAUUUGGUUUUCUGUUGCAAAUGAUUUUUUAAAGCAUUGAGUGCAGGGCAGUGCAUUUUCAACCCCCGUAUCCCAAAAGUCCUUUACAACAAACGAAUUUUAAAUCCCCACGCUAUUUGUUAUACAGGAGUUCCACUGUAAUAACAAAGAAAACACUAAAAAAUUACGAAUCGUUUUUAAAAUACGUCAGUAACUUAUUUUCCAACCAAAAUGAAAUCUUUAAGUACUGACAUUGUUCUCAAACAGUAGACGGAUAAAUAGGAUUACCUUGAUAUUUUCGUCUUUUUUGAUUAAAACAUCUGGUAAUUAUAUUGCAUUCUCAAAACACGAAACGUUUUAAAGUUGGUACAAAAACACUCAAGAGUUUUAAGUGUUUUUGUAGCAGCUUUUUGAAUAUUAAAGUAAUAUUCAAGUUUCCACAGGAAUACUCAAGAACUCAGGUUACAAAUAACAUUCAAAGAACGGUAAAGCACAUUGAUAUAACUCAAGAUAUAAAGCACAUUGAUAUAACCAGAGUUUUCACUGGCACCGGAGCUAGGUACGGCUAUGGCUUCAACUACGGCUCAGGAGUUAGAGACGGGUCUUGAUGUUUGCAAAUGUCUAGAGCCGUAGCUGGAGUCGAAGCUUUUCUAGUUUGUUCACAAAAUUCUGUGCUCCAUUUUUGUGGUGAGAGGCACAAAAUUAUUUGAACAGAACAACCUAAGAACUCAACAUAAAAAGCACUUUGAUAUAACUCAACAUAUAAAGCACAUUUAUAUAAUCCAAUAAAUAAAGCACAUUGAUAUAACUCAAUAUAAAUCUUGGCAUACUUUAAAGUUUUCAAAACCACUGUAAAAUAAAAAAUUUGAUUAGGAAAGCUGAGCUAUUAAAAUAAUUUAGUUAUGAAAGUUCAGCUCCUAAAAAUGUUAUAAUUAGAUAACGGACACUUAAAUGUAAUGUACGUGCUAAAAUCAAAUUAUGCUUUUUUUGCUACCAAACACAUUUACAAACUAAACGGGUGGUUACUUAAAUUAAGGAGGUAACUAUAAAUAGUUGCAAGCGCUCAAUCAACUUGCAAAAUAUUGUAGUAGAUAAUAUAUAUAUAAUUAUGCCACACGCUGCAUUGGCUACAAUUUGUUUGAGGGGGUUAUGGAAACGUAGUAAAGAAUACAAUAUUUUUUUAAAUUUUGUAAAUUGAAAAGAUGUUCCGUGACAAAGUGAUGAAAAAUAAGCUACAAACGGUUAUGAUGAAUACCAGGGACGGCGCUACAGAUUUUUGCAGGGGGGGGGGAGGGUGAAAUUCUGAAGCCAAAAAAAAUUUUUUUAAUUUAUGGGUACCCCAUUACUUCAUCCACAUUGAAAAUUACUGUAAAAAAGUCCAAAACGACUUGUAUAAAACCGUAAGUUUUUUUUUACUGUGGCUAUGUCCUAACAGUAAAAAGUAAAGAAAAAGUAAUGUUGUUUAAUGGAGGCCAGUUCCGGGAUAGGCACCAAAAAACAGUUUUAUAUUCACUUUUAAGGUGAAUACGAACCUUUCAUAAAGUUUUUCGCGAACAGUAUUAAUAUUCAGGGCAAAUGUGACGCAAAAAUAAUUUUUUAUUAAAGCAGUAGUGUUUUUAAAAAAACAUGAUACAUUUUUACAAUAAAAAAUUUAUGUUAUUACUUAGGACAUUGACUUUGGCCUUAAUUGGCAAAGGAAUAGGAUGUUGACUUUGACCUUAAUUGGCAAAGGAAUUUGUUCGAAAUUUUAGUUGUCUAUGAGAAAUGUAAGAUACCUGUAGCCAGGGACGUCGCUUAGGGAGAAAUGAAUGGGGAUGGAUCCACCGUCUUCCUAGAACCAAUCUAAAAAACUUUGGUUUCCACCCCCUCCUCUAGACAAAAUCUGUAGCGAGGGGUUUGGCUGUAGCUAUUCUCACUGAUAUAUAUCAAAAAAUCUCAGUUAAAAUUAACACCUAAUCGGAAAUAGGUAUCAAAAACUUUAAUUUACACUUAUAUUAAUUCAAACGCUACUAAACAAUAAUAUAAACAAGCGCUAUAAUAAUGAACAUGUGAUAGUGCGUUAAUCCGCCAAUUUACAUCAAAAAAGAUGUUUAUCUGAAAUCAAGGCACGUACAUUUGUUAGUCGAUAAUUGAAAUAAUUAAGGAUUUUAAUGAGGAUUAAAACGUAAAAAUAAUCAAAAUCUUGUUAGGUGUGGAUGGGUUGUAAUAAAUACUUUUUGAACAUGAGGCAUGUUAUAUUAUAGUAUAUUUUUGAUGAAAAUCUUAAUGAAAUACGAUAAAAAUACGAUAUUGAUUUUGUACAGAUACGUUAAGACGUGGGGGAGGUUAAACAAAGGCUCUAUAGAUGUAGUAAUAUUUUUUUUGCUUGACGCAAUUACAAAAAGUACAAUACAUAUAAGGUUUCAAGCCUUGAAAAGGAAGAAUACUACGAAAUAAUCCCGUGCACUUGGAUAUUGCACAUACACAAAUAAAAAUACAAAAUUUGAAUUUGGUAGUAGCGUAAGCACAGUUUGGAAUCACAAGUCUGAACUUUUCAUCUGCAGUUUGUCUACCAAAAUGUAGAUGAAACAUUCAGACACAUAGGUGAAUUAUUUAUCAAGUUGACAAACUUUCAGAAAGCGGGAACUUGAUAUUAUGAACACAUGAAUGAUAUUGGGAGUAUUGUUUGGGUAAACUUGAAUUUAUUAGGAUUGGUGUUUUUUAUACUAACGCUUUGGUCAGAAGACUGGAAGGCUAAUAUUAGGUUGGUCAAAUUAUUCUGUGCUCUUAAUCUUGAAAAAAAUGUUUUGAUAGAGGGCAAAGAAUUAUCUGAACAACCUAAUAUUAGCCUUCUGAUUAGUGUCGUGAAACAAGCAUUAGCUUAAAAGCCGGUUGUACAGUAAAGGGCCCACUACGCCCGACCAAUAAAGAUUUGAAAAGUGGCACAUUUGGGCCCCAGGGCAGAUACCCAAAUCAAGGUCUUUUCCAUGGGCCGGGUUGAGUGGGAGUCGACCAGGCUUUCUUACAAGGGUACAGCCAACAGUAAAACAAAGACUUAAAGAACAGCACGCCAAACAACAUUCUAAAUUUCAAGCCAACUAACGAGCAAACGCAUGAUAAUUGAGGAAAGAUGUAAAACUAUGAUGACGACCUAAAAAUAAAAAGAUUUAGCGGAUUAGCGACCUCAACCGAGGAUGUUCUUGACAAACAGAAAAUUCUGGUUCAGGUUCCAAGAAGUUGAUAAAUAAAAUAGAGAUUAAAGAGUACCGUGAUAAGUUGUUUUGCAGAAAGGAAACAACUUUAGAUACUAUAUUAAUUUUGUGUGGUUCGACAUUAUUAAAUUGGUUUUAAUUUGCAAAAUUUGAAGUCACUAUGUCAACAAGGGUUCAGGUUGAAUUAGGAUUUGGUUAGAGGUAUGUUUCGGGAUUAAAAUACCAAUUUUGAUCUUGGUUUGAAAUGAGUAAGGUAUAUAAGUAACGUUAUCAGUUAGUGUUUGAUUACUACAAGUUGUAUUGUUUAACGCUCGGAUGCUACAAAUGCUUGACAAUGUAUUAAAGUUUAUAUUAGAUUAGGUCUUUUGAGAUUAAUGUGUAGUCAAGAAUGCAAAGAACGUUUCGAAAAAUUUAAAGUACGACCAAAACAGUAAUAUUGGGUUGUUCAAAUAAUUCUGUGCUCUCUCUAAAAACAAAUUUUUGGGGUUAGAGGGCACAGAAUUAUUAAUAUUUGAAAAACCUAAUAUAAUUUUAACUACAAGUUCUUAGUUGAGACUACUGUGGAGCUUCUGUAUAACAAAUUGCUUGGGGGUUUUAAAGUUCUUUGCUAUACAUGAGUCUGCUCAGCAGUCGAUUCAGCAGAGUCAGCUGAACCUACUAAACUUUGAAAUACGGCCAAAAUUUUAAAAAAAUUAAAUCAAGUCACAUAGUACAGAGCCUUUCAAAAGUCCAAAAUUAAGCUAGAUUAAAACUGCAAAAAAUAGCUGACAAAAAUGAAACAAAUGAUGAUGUAUGUAACAGAAAACAUGCAAUUUAAGAAGUCAAAGUUUGUCAAUAGCACGUAAAAUUCUGAUAAGUGCGGUUUUUGAGGUUCUAUUUUAAAAAUUAUUUUUCUGGUUCUCUUUUGAUGUUAUUAAAUCUUUUUCGCAAUAACAAAGCUGACUUUGAAGUUUUUUACAUAAAAAUAAAGUUAAAAGUACAUGGUUUGAAAGUAACAAAAACGGGUUUAAAUGGUUGGUGGUACUAUAGUAGUACUAAUUUAAAUUUAUGUAUGUUAGGGUAGAGUAGGGUCAAUAAGGGUAAAGGUGUUUUAAGGUAUAGUAGUGUAGGAUAGGGUAGGAUAGCGUGGGGUAGGGUAGAGUAGAAUAGCGUAGGGUAAGGUGUUGUAUCGUAGAUUUAUAUAUAACAAGUUUUGUUUCAGACCUUGAUCCACUACAUUCAAAUCGAUGAACCCUUCACAGACGCCGAUGCUAUUCACGUUGUGGCAUGUCGAGCUCUGAAUGGACUAGCCAAAUCAGAACAAAUUCGGCAAAUUUUGAGCAAAUUGCCGUUGAUUGCUGAUAACGAACUGGCUGGUAAUAAAUGAUCUUUUAUUGCAUUUUACUCUUCUUUUUUACCUUUUUUAAUUUUUUUAAAUAAUAUUGUUUAUAGUCUUUCUUUUUAUUUGGGAAACUUUAGUACUAACCCGAGGCCCAGUACUCCAAGACAAAGCCGCCGAUCAUGCGGAAUUUGUAAAAGAAGCUCGAAAAUUGAUUGGAACAGUACAUCAAACUGAAGUUGAUGCGACGACGGAAGACCUAACAUACGACAAGAUGGUCAAAGCCAAAGUGAUCAAACAGACCAAAAUAGAUUUUGAUCAAGUUGGAUUACAAAGGCUGAUUCAUGACUAUCUGAUACAAGCUGGUCUGGACAAAACUGCUCAAACUUUACAAGUUGAAGCGGGAUUGGAGGCUGGGUACAGUGGAGGCACGGCUGUUACUCCAAGGACUGUGGCUACGGUGGGUGUUGGAUUUUUGUUUUUAGGUCGGAAUACGUUUGUUUUUUAACUUUUGGAGGUUUUUUUGGAAGUUGAGGGUGUGGUAAAUAGUGGCAAGCUUAAGGAAAAAUUUUUUUUUUACAAUGGGGGGGGCGGGUACGGUUAGUUGACCUUUUUUUGAAAAAAAAAUUUUUGUGGGUCUUUCUUUCGCCGCCGUUACUCCUUGCUUUACUUUUUCUUUUCGUGGAAACUUUUGUCGUUUUUCCACGCAUAAAUACAUGUAAACAAACGACGAGACUUUUUUUUCAAUUUCAAAUUGAACUAUAAUAAAUUUCUAUUUUUUAGCCAAGACGCCUUGGCGAGUUGAAGAAGUCAGCAGAAUCCGAAUCCACAAGUGCAGACAGAACUAUAAAUUCAGUUACAUCACUUAGAACUGACACAGCAUCUACCCUCAAUUCAAAAGAAUCUUUUUCAAAGCCAACAGUUUCAGCUAGGAAAUCACUCGGAUCAAUGGGAAAACCCAAUGGCAAAUUGAUGAGUAACAGUAGGUUUUUAAUUUUUUAA